ACAACAGUAAAGAGUCCACUGUAGGUCACAGCAGACUGAAACAAAAGUUUUGACCAAAAAAUGGGUAUGAAAGGAAGCCAUCUGUCAUGAAAUGUUUUUAUACCAAACACAGGUUUUAAAAACAGCUUUAACUAUGGUUGGAGAGCUGGAUAAGCCCCACUACAACUCUUCAGUCACAGACCUUCUUUCUGCAAUGAUGAGCUGUAGGCGGAGAAGCUGAGCCUUGGAGUGAGGCGUGGUUGGUGACAUGCAGGUCAGCAUUAAAGAGUAUUUCACCUCCUCUUCCUAGUCAGGAGGAAGAGUAGCGUCGCGCCAGGAUUUACCUGCUUCUGCGUCCAUUUAAUCCGUCUUGGCAACGCUGAACUAACCUGGACCAAUGCAAUCUGGGAGUAGAUUCAACAUUCUUUAACACAGAGAGGGGGCCUGACGGGAACUCCAUGGAGUCCAAAGCAGUGAGCAAGGACAGGUUCUUCAUAGUCAUCCGCGGAAAGUCGAGGAAAGGUUUCGGCCGCGGGUGCAUCGGUCGCGUGGAGGCAGAGACAGCGGGCGGGGAGCUGAUGGGGCUCCUCUACGGCUGCGGUUCCAACGCAGGGAGCCCCAAGAGCGGGGGCUUGGUGAAGGCGGUCGACACGUACGCCCUGACCCGACACCAGGCCCAGCUGCUGCUCUACGUCUCCAGCACCAGCAAACGCCUUGAGGUGCUGUCCAACCCGCAGCUCUUCUCGACCAUCUGCGAGCUGUCUGCGGGGGACCUGGUAGUGACGAAGCACAAGAAGGGCCAAGUCCCCGGAGUGGUGAAGAACCUGAUGCAAAUCGGAAAGAAGGAAAACAAGGGGGACCUGAAGAUGAUUGGCUUCCAGGUGGAAUUUAUGGACAACGAAAACGAUUCCUUGGCCAACAAAUUAGCUCCUCUGACCAUUUUGAACGCUGCAGACAUCAUCCAGGUGGUCAAGUCUUAUGCUGCCCACCUUGGUCUGCAGUAUAGAGAUGUUAAAAGUGGUGGUUCAAGAAGCAAUGUGGUGAUGUGUGGGAGCUCCAUGCCAAGUAUUGGGACCAGCACCAGACAAGUCACCAAAAACGAAUCGGAGCAAAGCGUCAUUCACAACCAGACACUGAGCACAUCUUCUGUGCCUUUAGAGGAGGGAUCCUUGGUGGAAGUUGUUAACAAUGCUGGGAUCACAGUGUAUGGCGUGAUCCAGUGGUUGGGGAUCCCACAGGGGAAGACGGAUAUAUUCGCUGGGAUUGAACUGGACUAUGAAGUCAAAGGCUGCUCUGAUGGGGUGUACAAAGAUCAAAGGUACUUCACCUGUAAGAGCAACAGUGCUUUGUUUGUUCCCAUCACAAAAUGCUGCCCGGACAGCAGGUUUGUCUGCUCCUCUCCAGUAACCAAGACCUUCAAAACCACAAACGUUCCUCCAGUUCCUCCAUAUGAAGAUUCAGAGGAAGAUGCACCACCUGUCCCUGAAUCAGAGGCCGUGUCGCUGUUUGUGGGGAAAAUGAAGGGUAUACAGGGUCAUAAAAACUCUUGUUACCUGGAUGCUACGCUCUUCAGUUUGUUUAGUUCAUCUGUGACUGUGGAUGCCAUCUGCAAUAAGCCCGCUGACAAAGAACAACCAAUAACCUGCAUUCUGAAAUCGAUAGUCAAUAGCUUACGCAGACAAGGCUUUGUGCCAGCAACGAGUGUUAUGAACUUUCGGAAAAAACUUGGCUGUGAAACCUUCAGCAAAAAUGAAAAAGAUCCUGAGGAGUUCAUUUCAGUGCUGUUUCAGAAGGUGCUCUGCAUCGAGCCUCUGCUCAAGCUCAGAUCGGAAGAAGGAACCUCUCAGGGAGCCUACACCCUCCAGAUCUUUCUGGAAAAGGAGCAGAUGGGACAAAUUCCCACCGUCCAGAAGCUGCUAGACACAUCCUGCAUGUCUGGUAACAUCAAAUUCGAAACGAUGCCACCUUGUCUCAUAGUCCAGAUGCCAAGGUGUGGAAACAACUAUAAGAUGUUUUCUCACAUCAUUCCCUCCAUAGAGCUGGACAUCACAGAUCUCCUGUACAACUCUCCAAGGGAAUGUUUUAUCUGUGGACGGAUGGCAACGUUUGAGUGUCUUCAGUGUUUACCAGAUUGCAAGCUUCAACCAGGAAGAAUCAAACAGUACUGCAGUACCUGUAACACCCAGGUACAUACCCAUCAAUCCCGGAGCAGCCACUCUCCCAAGGCGCUGGCUUUACCUGCAGGUGUAGCCACGGAUGCUCCUUUGCCAAGGCACACUAUGCAGUUGUUUGGUGUGCUUUGCAUCCAAACCAGCCACUAUGUGUCCUUUGUCAAGUAUGGCCUUGAUUCCCACUCAUGGCUCUUUUUUGACAGCAUGGCUGACAGAUAUGGCGAUGAUCAGAACGGUUACAACAUUCCCGAGGUCCGAGCUUGUCCCGAGCUCGGCGACUUCCUCGGCCAGCCAGAUGAGGAGUCGACCCGGGCAAACCCAGCUCUUGCACCUGAACUUGUCCGCAGACUUCUAUGCGACUCCUACAUGUUUUUAUACCACAGCCCAGAAAUGUUGGUUUCGGAGCCAAACAGCGGGGGACCCUAGAUCAAUUUGAGCACAAGGACAUGGUGUUCCACAACAACAGCCCAAUCAGCUUUUAUGCACUUUAUUGCAUCCAGACUGCAGGAACUAAAAUGGAUGCUGGAAUUUCAUUGAAGAAGAUAUAAAUGCAGUUCAUAUAUUUGAAUUUGAUAGGUCAAAGCUGAUAUCUAUUUAUUUACAAAGUCAGCUCAUAAAGUUACACAGUGACUGUUUUUAAAGGCAUUUUAUAUCCUUAAAUGUCUCGUAAUUACACUUUUUUGUCAGUAAAGUUGUCUUUAAUUCAAUUUUAGGCAAUUCAUGCUCUUAAAUGGCAUCUUUUUAUGGCACUUCAUGAUGUUGUAAUAUUACCUGAAGGCAAUUACACUGACUGUUCUUUUUAUUAUUGCACAUAAGUAAAUAUAAAACUCUUAAUAAAAUUUAAACUACUA